CACGGGACCAAUUCUGAUUUCUACAACAGCGGACACCACAAACUCCAACGGGGCAGGCUUCAGACCCAGAGCUGGGCGGCCGCCAUCGGGAAGCGAGCAGGGGCAGUGGUCACGCAGGAAGGGGCCGGGCCCAGCAGCUGCAUGGAGGAGACGAUCGCAUCGCAAGUGGCACCGCUCUCUGAGCAGGAGCUGCCUGCGGUGCCGGAAGCCGGGACCCAAGAAAUCCGCCCAUCGACUGGGAAAAAAAUCCAUUUCAAACAGCACUGGGCCACAGCCUGAGCGGACAGCCGUUCCGCUUCCACGCACACGGCACCAGGCAGCCGUUCCCACGCGUUCAAGCCUUGCUAAGCGUGACCUGCGCUGAUCACCACCCCGCCCGGCCCGGCCCGGCAGCCCGGUGCCAGCCGCGAACGCGGUGUGCGACCACACGGCUCGGCCACGGGGGAGCCCACGGCCGCGGGUGGGCCUGGGCCGGGGAACCUGAGCCUUGGGAGCCCGAGGCGGAUGUUCUAGACUAUUCGCUGACAGGUUCUCCCCGUCACUCCCUCCUGUUGUCGCCGUCAUCACCAGGUGAGCUGCUGAGUAAGCGACCCCCGAUGAAGGUGCUGAGCCGGCGUCAGCUGCUUCUGCACAGCCCCGCGCCCCUCGUGUCCUUCUGCCGACACGAGCUACAGUUCGAUUUAGGAAAAUACGGCUGACGUUUCACGAGGGCGCCUACUUCCAGCACGAUUUCCUUCCUCCCGUGUUGCAUCAGUGCGAAAAGAGGCUUCCAGGAAUGGCGCCCCUCCUCGCUCGCGAUGGCUGCGUUUCGAAGCGGAGAUUGAUUCUGACUCGAGUCCUUCUCUCUGACUCUCGCCUUCUCACUGCUUUGCUUGGAUUGUUUCAGACCGGCGGGCAGCACUGGCACCGCCACCAGCCACAGCCUCCCAACGCCGAGUUUCACCCAGCAAGGCUGCGCCCCGGGAUGCAGAACGUGACCUUGGCGCGACACUCUGACUGCCUCGGCCUUCAGCCUGCAGAACCCGGAGCAAUGGACACUUCUUUCGGGUACAGCAGUCCCACACGGUCCUGCCCUCGGCCUGCGGCGACCCCAGGGCCAUGCGGAGGCCCGAAAGGAGGCCGGCGGCUCGGCGUCUGCUGUAGCCCAGGUGGCCAGGGCCCGCUCCGCGGCGGCCUGGGAGCCAUGGAGGCCCCGUAUUCGAUGACUGCGCACUACGACGAAUUCCAGGAGGUCAAGUACGUGAGCCGCUGCGGCGCGGGGGGCUCGCGCGGGACCUCGCUGCCCCCAGGCUUCCCGCUGGGAGCGGGCCGAGGCGCCGCCGGGGCCCGGGCCGGGCUGCCGCGCUGGAACCGGCGCGAGGUGUGCCUGCUGUCGGGGCUGGUGUUCGCCGCCGGCCUGUGCGCCAUCCUGGCCGCCAUGCUGGCGCUCAAGUACCUGGGCCCGGGCGCGGGGGGCGGCGCCGCCUGUGCCGAGGGCUGCCCGGAGCGCAAGGCCUUCGCGCGCGCCGCCCGCUUCCUGGCCGCCAACCUGGACGCCAGCAUCGACCCGUGCCAGGACUUCUACUCGUUCGCAUGCGGCGGCUGGCUGCGGCGCCACGCCAUCCCCGACGACAAGCUCACCUACGGCACCAUCGCGGCCAUCGGGGAGCAGAACGAGGAGCGCCUGCGGCUCCUGCUGGCGCGGCCCGCGGGCGGCCCGGGCGGCGCGGCCCAGCGCAAGGUGCGCGCCUUCUUCCGCUCGUGCCUCGACAUGCGCGAGAUCGAGCGGCUCGGGCCGCGGCCCAUGCUCGAGGUCAUUGAGGACUGCGGCGGCUGGGACCUGGGCGGGGCGCCCGAGCGCCCGGGGCCGGCCGCGCGCUGGGACCUGAACCGGCUGCUGUACAAGGCGCAGGGCGUGUACAGCGCGGCCGCGCUCUUCUCGCUCACCGUCAGCCUGGACGACAGGAACUCCUCGCGCUACGUCAUCCGGAUUGACCAGGACGGGCUCACCCUGCCGGAGAGGACCCUGUACCUGGCUCAGGAUGAGGAGAGUGAGAAGGUCCUGGCAGCCUACAGGCUGUUCAUGGAGCGCCUGCUCCGCCUGCUGGGAGCAGACCAAGUGGAGCGGAAGGCCCAGGAGAUCCUGCAGCUGGAGCAGCGCUUGGCCAACAUCACCGUGUCGGAGUAUGACGACCUGCGCAGAGACGUCAGCUCUGUGUACAACAAGGUGACGCUGGGCCAGCUGCAGAAGAUCACCCCCCAUCUGCAGUGGAAGUGGCUGCUGGACCAGAUCUUCCAGGAGGACUUCUCGGAGGACGAGGAGGUGGUGCUGCUGGCCACGGACUACAUGCAGCAGGUGUCCCAGCUCAUCCGCUCCACACCCCGCAGGAUCCUGCACAACUACCUGGUGUGGCGUGUGGUGGUCGUCCUGAGCGAGCACUUGUCCUCGCCAUUCCGCGAGGCGCUGCACGAGCUGGCCCGGGAGAUGGAGGGCAGCGACAAGCCCCAGGAGCUGGCCCGCGUGUGCCUGGGCCAGGCCAACCGCCACUUCGGCAUGGCACUUGGCGCCCUCUUUGUCCAUGAGCACUUCUCAGCGGCCAGCAAGGCCAAGGUACAGCAGCUGGUGGAAGACAUCAAGUACAUCUUGGGCCAGCGCCUGGAGGAGCUGGACUGGAUGGAUGCUGAGACCAAAGCAGCGGCCCGGGCCAAGCUGCAGUAUAUGAUGGUGAUGGUUGGCUACCCGGACUUCCUGCUGAAACCCGAGGCUGUGGACAAGGAGUAUGAGUUUGAAGUCCACGAGAAGACCUACUUCAAGAACAUCUUGAACAGCAUCCGCUUCAGCAUCCAGCUGUCCGUCAAGAAGAUCCGGCAGGAGGUGGACAAGUCCACCUGGCUGCUGCCCCCCCAGGCCCUCAAUGCCUACUACCUACCCAACAAGAACCAGAUGGUGUUCCCGGCAGGCAUCCUACAGCCCACACUGUAUGACCCCGAUUUCCCGCAGUCUCUGAACUACGGGGGCAUCGGCACCAUCAUCGGCCACGAGCUGACCCACGGCUACGAUGACUGGGGGGGCCAGUACGACCGCUCAGGGAACCUGCUGCACUGGUGGACCGAGGCCUCCUACAGCCGCUUCCUGCGCAAGGCCGAGUGCAUUGUGCGCCUCUACGAUAACUUCACAGUCUACAACCAGCGGGUGAAUGGGAAACACACGCUUGGCGAGAACAUUGCGGACAUGGGCGGCCUCAAGCUGGCCUACUAUGCCUAUCAGAAGUGGGUGCGGGAACACGGCCCAGAGCACCCGCUGCACCGGCUCAAGUACACACACAACCAGCUCUUCUUCAUCGCCUUUGCUCAGAACUGGUGCAUCAAGCGCCGGUCGCAGUCCAUCUACCUGCAGGUGCUGACCGACAAGCAUGCGCCUGAGCAUUACAGGGUCCUGGGCAGUGUAUCCCAGUUUGAGGAGUUCGGCCGGGCCUUCCACUGUCCUAAGGACUCGCCCAUGAACCCUGCCCACAAGUGCUCUGUGUGGUGAGCCUGGCCACCCGCCCGCCUGCCCGCCUGCACGUCCCCACCGCCCGCCCCGCACGAAUCGCCUCCUGCCGGCUGCUGGGCAGGCAUGCACCUGCUGCCGGGCCCAUCCUGGCCCCGCUGCCUCCCCAGCCCCUCUGGGACCUGGCCCCCUGCUGUCCCUCUCUUCAGGGAGCACAGGGGAGAGACACUGGGGCUGCCCCCCCCCCCCCCCGGCUCAGCUCCAGGAAGCCAGAGCCCCUGGCCAGGCUGCAGGGUGCAGGCCCUGGCUUCCCUGUGUGUGCUGCUGCGUCUGGUCAAUAAAGCCACUGUACUGUC